GGGAGCAUCAUGCUACGCAUUUUCCCACUAGCAACAUAUUUCUAGCGUCAUGGCGCUGGUCCUUAUCUCCAGUUGCAUGCAUGUCCCUGAGGAGUCAGUUUGACGUAAUGGUGUUGAUGCCGAAAGUCGAAAAGUCGGACACUAGCAUCGAUGUUGUCACGGUGCAGGAAGACGCUUCUGCUUUACGAGCUGCAGACAAUGCGUUACUUGCUGAGCUUGGUUACAAGAGUGAAUUCAAAAGAGAAUUCUCGAUGAUCGAGACUGUAGCAUUCGCAUUUUCCAUCAUGGGUGUUGUUGCCUCCGUGUCAUCUACAUUCUCUUUCCCCUUGGUAUCAGGUGGUCAUGUCGGUAUGGUGUGGGGUUGGUUCAUUCCAUGCUUCUUCGUCAUGGCUGUAGCUACGUCUAUGGCGGAACUAGUGUCAUCUAUGCCGACAAGUGCAGGUUUAUAUUACUUUUCAGCUAAACUAGCACCACCCAAGUAUUCGGCUUUGGCGAGUUGGAUUACCGGAUGGGCUAAUAUCACUGGUCAAGUAACUCUUGUCUGUUCCAUUGAUUUCACUUGUGCACAAAUGAUCACUACUGCAAUAGCAGUGGGGUCCAAUGGGGCUGUUGUUUUGAGUGCAGGCGCGACAUACGGCAUUCUACUCGCCAUAUUAUUCUGUCAUGGCAUCGUAUGCUCUGCUGCGACCCAUAUUUUGGCGCGUCUUAAUUUAUUCUAUGUCGUAAUCAACGUGGGUACUAGUAUCUCGGCGAUAAUAGCUCUCCUCGUAUGUUCAGGUGACAACAAAGUGUCCACGAAAGAUGCGUUCACUCUAUAUGAGAAUAAUACUGGAUGGAUGAAUAGCGGUUGGGCCUUUCUACUGGCAUUUACGUCCCCUAUGUGGACCCUCACUGGCUAUGAUUCCGCUGCCCACAUCUCAGAAGAAGUCGCUGGAGCACAACGUACGGCGCCAAUCGCGAUUCUUGUCGGUGUUGCAGGUACCCAAAUUCUCGGCUGGCUUCUGUUCAUAGCAGCUUCAUUUGCCACCAAUUCUGUCUCGGACCUUCUCACCACCGAUUUGCCUCUACCUAUGGGUCAGCUUUUCUUCGACGUCCUCGGUAAGAGGGGUAUGUUGGCGAUAUGGAGCUUCAUAAUUGUUGUGCAAUUUGUAACAGGCGCUGCUCAGGGCGUUGAUGCCUCUCGCGUAGUCUUCGCUUUCGCAAGGGAUAACGCAUUGCCUGGUUCUCGUUGGUGGAAGCAGAUGAAUAGGUAUACACAGACACCUGUCAAUGCAGUAUGGUUCGUCAUACUUGGGUCCGCAAUAUGCGGUCUUCUCGGAUUCUCGGCCGCUGCAUUGUCGUCGCUUGCUGGUGCAUCUGUUAUUGGUUUAUAUACGUCCUAUGCAGCUCCAAUUUUUCUCCGUAUCACAUCGGGGCGAGAUAAGCUGGUACCGGGAACUUUCUCACUUGGGAAGUGGUAUAUGCCAGUUGGUGUUGUGGCUGUCUCAUGGGUCGCGUUCAUCAUCGUCUUGCUCUUGUUCCCUCCGUCACAAGUGGUCACUUCGCCCGAUAUGAAUUACGCAGUGGUGAUAAUCAUGGGUGUGUUCAUGUUUGCUUCCAUUUCCUGGGUCGUAUCAGCCCGUCAUUGGUUCCACGGACCUAUAUCCAAUAUCAACGACAAGUCGUCGUUAGACGAGAAGGAGAUGUAGGCAUCUUCUAUUCUUCAACAUAGUUAGAUCAACAAGUUUCAUAAUGUAUUUAUUGUAUAUUUUGCUUAUCGAUUCCGCGCCGUUGAUGUCCACCUGACCGUGCAACGCGUUGGUAGUGUAAUGGAAGUGUUAUACUGCC